CAGCAGGUGGCGAUAAUGCACAAAUUACGCAGCGGAGGCACUCAACAAUACUCUCGCGAGAUAUUCAGUAGUGACCUUCCACAGAUCAAGAUGGGGUAUUGGGAUGUACCCGAGGGUACAGAUUGUGUGGAGAAAACAUGGAUUACCACCAAACUGGCCACGGCUUUGGGCCUGGUUGGUUCAGCCUAUCACAUAAUCGCAUUCCAGCCUGAAUCUGCAUUGGCGGCUCUACAGAGGGCUGGGGGUGCCACCCUGACAAUGGCCUCAUUGGGAGCAAUCUUUGGGAUGACAACGUGUCUCAGUGCUCAGGCUCGAGACGCCCCAGAUGAACCACUGAAUUAUUUCAUUGGUGGCUGCGCCUCAGGGAUCUUCCUGGGAGCCAGAACCCACAGUAUCGCCACUGGUACAUCAGCAUGCCUCGGUCUGGGAACACUGGCCUUUUUCACAAAAGUUGGCAAAAUGGAAGGAUGGAAGAUCGCUGGUCCUCCUAAACUAUAGGUGGAGAGUGACUGUAAGAUUGAAUCGAUAUUGUAAAAAGACUUAAUGUAAUAAAUUUCCUGUGAGAAAAACA